AUGGGCUGCGAACAGGUAAAGGAGAUCAACCUUCUCGCCAAAUUGCCCUCGGAUGAUUUUGUCUGGUUCUGUGCUCUGCACUACGAACUCUACCCUAAUGGUCAGAGCUUCUAUCAGCAAUCCGUGACUGGCUGUGCUGUGCCCAAGCCAAAUGACCUCUCAGAGAAUUUGCUGCAGUGGGAAAACCCGCACUUCACCUCUCUCGAUCCCAACCAUCCGCCUGUGGUUCUUAAUGGCCAGGAUGCCUUCACUUAUAUAGCUGGUUUACAACUGUUGACUGAAUGGGGCAUCUUUUUAGACAUGAAGCGCUUUUGUCGGAAAAUACUUUCACCCGACAGCUCUGACCGGUAUUAUAUCUGUCAUCAGUUCAUCGGUCGCAAGAGAUGA